AUGAGCUAUAAAGAAGCUCGAGACACGUGGAAAUGGUCUGACAAGUGUGUUCUAUCUAGCGAUAACAUACUCUAUUAUGUUGGUCCAACUCGACGUAAGGCGGAGGAUAACCAACCGGAGUUGUCGUUGAGACUAGUAGUACCGACAACUAUGACCCAACAAGUGCUGCAGAAUUGUCAUGACUCUAUUGAAGGAGGACACCAGGGUGUUGUUAGGGUGAAGCAUGACUACUACUGGAUUGGACUGUAUGCAGAUGUGGAAAAUCACGUGAAAUCGUGCCUUGACUGUAGCUCGAGUAAGAGCGCACCACAGCUCGAAGGCUACUCACCUGGCAACGUACUCGCAGAACGACCAUUCCAAGUAGUGUCAAUGGAUUUCGUUAUUCCACUGCCGAAGUCUCGCCGAGGCAAUACAGCCCUAUUACUCUGGCAGUGCUCGUUCACUGGGUUUGGCAUUGCUAAAGCAAUGUCAGAUACGGACACGUUAACGGUAGCUAAAGUCUUCGAAGAGUGCAUAUACCGAAGCUUCGGUGCACCUUCGUUCAUACGCCAUGACCGUGACCCUCGCUUCAUGAGUGAAGUGUUUCAAGCAUUUGCUGAAUUGAUUUAA